AAUAGCUUAAUGGUUUCAAAAACUUAUUGUGGUUUAUCAAACACUGAAGAAUGGAAAUAUUAAAGAAGAGAGUUUUGAUUCAAGGGCUACCUGCCAGCCUCCUUCUUUCUCCUUCCUCUUAAACAAGAGUAUAAAUGGUUGCUGAAAAGAGUACUAACUACUUCAAAGCAAAAUGAGGCUCUUGCUGUUGCUUUCAGUCCUUGGGGUCUGCUGGGCACAGUACAACCCCCAUACCGUACCUGGUCGAACAUCUAUUGUCCACUUAUUUGAAUGGCGCUGGGAUGACAUUGCUCUCGAAUGUGAGCGUUACCUAGCUCCCAAUGGCUUCGGGGGUGUUCAGAUUUCACCUCCAAAUGAGAAUGUAGUGAUCAAUAAUCCUUCAAGACCUUGGUGGGAAAGAUACCAGCCAGUUAGCUACAAGAUAUGCACACGGUCUGGAAAUGAAGAUGAAUUCAGAGACAUGGUGACAAGAUGCAACAAUGUUGGAGUGCGCAUUUAUGUGGAUGCUGUAGUGAAUCAUAUGUGUGGGAAUGGUGUGAGUUCUGGAACAAGUAGCACCUGUGGAAGUUACUUCAAUCCUGGAUUAAGAGACUUUCCUGAUGUUCCAUAUUCUGCCUGGGAUUUUAAUGAUGGCAAAUGUAAAAGCUAUAGUGGGGACGUUGAAAACUACAAUGAUAUUUAUCAGGUUAGAGAUUGUCGUUUGGUUGGGCUUCUCGAUCUUGCCCUGGAGAAAGAUUAUGUGCGUUCCAAGAUUGCUGAGUAUAUGAACCACCUGAUUGACAUUGGUGUGGCAGGAUUCAGAAUUGAUGCUUCCAAACAUAUGUGGCCUGGAGACAUGAAGGCAUUUCUGGAUAAGCUGAAGAACUUAAACACAAGCUGGUUCCCUGAAGGAGCCAGACCAUUCAUUUACCAGGAGGUAAUUGAUCUAGGUGGUGAGGCAAUUAAAAGCAGUGACUACUUUGGAAAUGGUCGGGUUACAGAAUUCAAAUAUGGUGCAAAACUGGGCACAGUUCUACGCAAGUGGAGUGGAGAAAAGAUGGCUUAUUUAAAGAAUUGGGGAGAAGGCUGGGCCUUCAUGCCUUCAAACAGAGCCCUUGUCUUUGUGGAUAAUCAUGAUAAUCAGAGGGGUCAUGGAGCUGGAGGAUCUUCCAUUCUCACUUUCUGGGACCCCAGAUUGUACAAAAUGGGAGUUGGAUUUAUGCUUGCUCAUCCUUAUGGAUUUACACGAGUGAUGUCAAGCUUCAGGUGGCCAAGAUAUUUUGUAAAUGGAAAGGAUAUUAAUGAUUGGGUUGGACCACCCAAUGAAAAUGGAGUGAUUAAACGAGUAACUGUCAAUCCAGAUACUACUUGUGGCAAUGACUGGGUUUGUGAACACCGAUGGCGUCAAAUAAGGAACAUGGUUAUUUUCCGUAAUGUAGUUGAUGGCCAGCCUUUUACAAAUUGGUGGGACAAUGGAAAUAACCAGGUAGCUUUUGGUAGAGGGAAUAGAGGAUUCAUCGUAUUUAACAAUGAUGACUGGGAAUUGUCAGUAACUCUACAAACUGGUCUUCCUGCUGGAACCUACUGUGAUGUCAUUUCUGGAGAUAAAAUUGAUAACCAAUGUACAGGAAUUAAAAUCUAUGUUUCUGGUGAUGGUCGUGCUUACUUCAAUAUUAAGAACACUGCUGAAGAUCCAUUUAUUGCCAUCCACAUGGAUUCUAAAUUACACAUCAAACUGGAUAAAUAGCAUUUCCAGAAACAAUAAGCAAAAAUAAAUACCAUAUUGGUCAAUCCUCUCUUCUUAGAUAUCAAAAAUAAAUAAAUUUUCUACUAUAUGAUGUAAAAAUAUUACAAAAUAAACCUAACAUCUUGACAUUUAAAACAUAUUUUAAUGUAAUAAUUAGAAUGCAAUGAUUAUGUCCUGUAUUAGAUUCAAGUAAAAGCAACAUGGAAAGAAUAACAAAAAUACUUGGGUGUUUAUUAUGAAUCCUAUGUUAUUUAAUUUGCAUUUCAAAAACAUAGGAUUCUAUUUUGUUUUAUUUCAUGUACUACAUUAGUGGGGCAAAAUACAUCAGAUUUGUUCCUAUUUUCACUAGAAAGGAACAUUAUUACAACAAUCAAUAGGCAGAAUGGUUCUAUUUUUGAUGAAACAGUGUAUCUGUUUCUCAAAUCUCAAAUAGAAUUGUAAAGGUUAUCUAAUCCAAAUAAAUCCUUACUCAAUGUGAAUUUUUCCCAA